AUGGUACUGACCCCAGCUCUGCUCAAGAGCUCGACGCGGCUCGGCGGGCUGCGGCUCGCGACGGCGCGCUCCACGCUGCCGGCCGCGAAGGCGCUGCACCAGACGCAGACCCGUCCGUUCGUGGCCAAGCAGCUGUACAAAGUGGCCAAGCGCGUGAUGCCGCGCAUGUCGGACACGGAGAAGGCGGCGCUUGAGAGCGGCACGGUGGGCUUUGACCGCGACAUCUUUUCGGGCUCGCCGUCGCUUGCUACGCUGGACAAGUACUCGGCCGAGCUGACUGCAGAGGAGCAGGCGUUUAUGGACACGGAAGUGCAGCAGCUGUGCGAGAUGAUUGACGACUACGACGUGACGCGCCAGCAGGACAUGCCGCUGAAAGUGUGGCAGUUUAUCAAGGAGAAGGGCUUCCUGGGCAUGAUUAUUCCCAAGGAGUAUGGCGGCAAGCAGUUUAGCGCGCACGGCCACUCGGUCGUGAUCACCAAGCUUGCCACCCGCAGCGCGACUGCUGCCGUCACUGUGUGCGUGCCCAACUCUUUGGGUCCUGCCGAGCUGCUGCUUCGCUAUGGAACAGACGAGCAGAAGGACUAUUUUCUGCCUGGAUUAGCCAGCGGUGAACACUUGCCGUGCUUUGGCCUGACGGGACCGUCGUCGGGAUCCGAUGCCGCUAACAUGCGCGACACGGGCACUGUGUGCGAGCAAGAUGGUGUCUUGGGCAUUCGUGCGACAUUUAGUAAGCGCUACAUUACUCUUGCCCCUGUGGCGACAUGUGUCGGUCUGGCGGUGGAUGUGAAGGACCCUCAGGGACUACUGAAGGGCACGGGAUACCCGGGCAUUACCGUGGCGCUUCUCGAGCGCAAUCACUCUGGUCUCCAGAUGGGCAAACGUCACGACACCAUUUCGAUCCCGUUCAUGAAUGGGCCCGUGACUGGUGAGGAUGUGUUUAUCCCGAUGUCAAAGGUGAUUGGCGGACAAACGCGUGUAGGCUAUGGAUGGAACAUGCUUAUGGAUUGCCUUGCUGAAGGCCGUUCGAUCAGUCUACCCGCGUCGGCAGUUGCUGGAGCCAAAUUGUCGGUCAACGCAGUUGGCGCCUACGCACGGAUCCGCAAGCAGUUCAAGGUACCGAUUGCCAGUCUGGAAGGCAUUCAGGAACAACUUGCUACCAUGGGCAGCAACGCUUUCAUCAUGACAAGUGGCCAGCACAUGGUGAAUGCGAUGAUCAAUCAGCAUGAACAGCCUGCCGUCAUCAGUGGCGUAUGCAAGCAACAGAUUACAGACCGUGGUCGUGAUACGGUCAUUCGUGCAAUGGACGUUCUAGGCGGCGCUGGUAUCUGUAAGGGUCCGAACAACUUUCUCGCAAACAUUUACACUUCGCUGCCUGUGGUGAUCACGGUCGAGGGCGCGAACAUUCUGACGCGUUCACUGAUCAUCUUCGGCCAAGGUCUGACGCGAGCUCAUCCUCAUCUGUACGAUCUUAUCAAGACUAUCCAGCACGGCGAUGAUUUGGCAGGGUUCAAGAAGGAGCUGGUGAAGCUGGUACAGCACGGAGUGACGAACUCGGCUGGCUCGUUGAAAACGGCCGUCACACGUUCGCGCUUCAAGAGACCGGGUCAUUUGCUCGCACACUACGAAUCUCAGAUGGACAAGCUGGCAAAGAACUUUGCUACGUGCGCGGACUUGUCGUUGGUACUUGGCGGUAAGCUGAAGUUUACCGAAAUGAUUUCUGGUCGCUUUGCGGAUGUGUUUUCGAGUCUAUACCUGGGAUACUCGACGAUGUGGUUCUACAAAAACAACCGCGACAUCGAGGGCAUCGACGUGAUCUUUGACUACGCUAUGACCCAGCUGUGCUACGAAGCGCAGCAGGGCAUCGUCGGAAUAAGUAAGAACUUCCCUGUUCCAGGCAUCGGCCCGAUCAUGCGCAGACUUUCGUUCCCGUUUGGUUUGCCAUACGACUCCCCGAGCGACAAACAGAUGCGCCAGGUCUCCGAGCUGAUCUCGACUGACUCAGCUGUGCGUAGUCUGUUGAGUGACAACGUGUUUGUGUCGAAGGACCCUGCGGACCGCGUGGCGCUUUUGAACGCGACGCUACCGAAGGCUGUGAAAGCAGACCGUACGCUCACUGCGUUGCGCAAACAGAAGCGCAAUGCGACGAUUGAUGAGCAAAAGUCCAUCGACGAAGUCGAGGCCGCGCGUGAGAUCAUCAUUCAGGUGGACGACUUUGAUCGUCUUGGUGCGGAGGUUGGCAAGCCGAAAGACUACAUUCGCCCGGGCAUGGUCGGCAAUGUCUUCGACAAGAAGAAGAACUGA